UCAUUACCCGGAUUUCAGUCCAAUAAUUAAUCAACUUGAUAGAAAUUUGGUGAGACAUAUAUAAUGGCUAAGAGCAUUGGCAUUGGCUUCAUCAAAAGCCAAUGCAAAUGCAUAAAUUGAUGAACGUGUGAGAAAUACCGCUGCAUUGGUCUCGGCAAACAUAAAAUCUGAAGUUUUGACCUAUAGUAAUUCUUCCGUUUCCUUCAAAUUUGAAGGAGCACUGCACAUUCAUCUUUAGUUUAUUUUAUUCCAUUUUUAAUGCCCAACCGAUGGUUUUAUUUUCCCUCUCUCUUCCCUCUCUCCUUUUUCCUCCCCGCGUUUUCUCUCCCCCAUGCCUCUCUUUUUCAUUUUUCGCCAUCAACAGAAACGAAAUCUCUCGGAUUCUUCACGCAGAACCGAUUUUAUCAGACCUCUGUCUCAGCAAACCAGCCCUAAGGUCCUUGCCCAUUUCUGCAACCGUCGCUGACGCUUUGGCGGCCUUGAAAAAUACCGACGACAACUUCAUCAGCGUAUGGGACUGCGUCGAUCACUCGGCCAAGGUUGAGUUUGGUCACGACAACGUCGGCGUUGGCUGUGAGUGCCGUUGCGUUAGCAAGGUGUGCAUGGUGGAUGUGAUAUGCUAUCUUUGCAGGGAUGAGAAUAUGUUUUCUCCUUCUGCUGCCCUGAAGGCGCCUGUUUCUGCAAUCUUGCCAAAGAUUCCUGGACUCGUGAGGCAUCUGGAGCCAUCUUCGAGAUUGUGGGAAGCCAUCGAUCUGAUUCUGCAAGGAGCCCAGAACCUUGUGGUACCGAUACAAACCAAACUAAGCAGCUAUUCAAGAAGAAAACAGCUCCAAAAACCCUCGACCACCGGCCCUACUACCAUCCACAACGGCCGCGAAUUCUGCUGGUUGACUCAAGAGGACAUGAUCCGGUUCCUUCUCGGCUCCAUCGGGCUCUUUUCCUCGCUCUCGGCGCUCUCUGUUGACACUCUUGGCAUUAUCACCACCGACAUCUUAGCCAUUGACUAUUACUCCCCUGCCUCUUCGGCAAUUGGAGCUAUAUCCCGCUCUCUCUGUGAGCAAACUUCAGUGGCUGAUUCUGGUAUUGUUAUGCUUUGGAUCCGUAAUGUAUUGUGAAGUAGUUGUAGAUUUAUAGGCCGACUUUGAUAUGGACUCGUUUCCAGUGUUGGUAUAUUGGUAUUUUGCAUCUGAUUUGUGUUCCAUGCAAUCCCAGUGUUCAGUUGUGGUUGGAAUUCCUGUGAACAUUCUGUGUUUUUUUGUUUGGAUUCUGUGGAGAAGUGGGUUUUUGGUUUUCAUACUCUCUGACUUUGUGUUCAUGGAGCAGUGUUCAUGAAGUUAGAUUGAUGAGCCCCUACUUUAUAGAAACACCCUUCUAUUU